UUGCCCUCACCUUACCUUUUCUUGAAUUUGAGCACAGUGUCCCAAAAAACUGUAGUCCAUGCUUUUUGGAGAAUUCCAUCCUUAUCAGGAUUCUAGUCUGGCAUGAAUUGCCAGAGACCUGAUCACAAACCUCAGAAUGCAGUGAAGACCCAGAUUAAUGUUCACUCAGGUCCCUUAACAGAGUGCAGGGUCUUGCAGCCCUCAGCAUUCAGAACAGAACUUGAGGUGGAGCCACAUUCCCCAGCAGUCUCUUGAUCCCAUUUUAGGAGAUCAGCUUAUGGGGGGUGGGGUGGAAUAUUUUCAGAACCUACUCCAUGUCGGUGACUAGGCUGGUGUUUUCCCAAGGUGCUUUACAGAGCAUCAACUUCGUUCCAUGGAGUGCUCACAAGAUUCUCAAGAGACCUUACAGAAGAAUCAGAUCCUCAGAUCUUGACUUUGAGAUCUUUAGCAUGCUCAUGAUUGUCAGCAGUCAGCUAAUUCAAAUCCCUGAUUCUUAUAUUCCUGGCACCAUGAGUCAUGGCAAAGGGAUAUCCUCUUUGGUUUGGUUAAACUUGUUUUGAAGUGCUCUAUAUGCUGUGAUUCAUUGACUGCUGCUUGUGAAUUGGAGGAGAGACUUUAGAAAGCUACUAAAUAAGGUCUUUACAUAGCAGGGUGGUUAUGUGGGAGAUCAGGGCAUACGGUGAUAUUCAGAGCUUAAUAGCAACCUACUGACAGUCUAAGGUGGUGAAAGGAAUGAAUGUCCAGCACCUUGGUUGGUGAAUUGUAGGAAAGCAAGAGAUGAACUUUUAUGUCCUGGUGGGGAGGCACAUCAUGUCAUGGGAGUUUUAUUGGCAUGACAAGCAAAGCAUAAGUUUUUGUAGGCUGAGGUAGGCAAAAGGGCAGGGCAUUGUAAACAGCCAAGGGAGAUUUUGUAAUGAUUAAUUUAAGAGCACUGAAUUACCCAAAGACUUGCAGUGAUAGGCAGCCUGGUGAUAAGGUUAACAUACUUACACAGAAAUACAGUGUGUGGAAAGCCCACUGCUGUGAGCCUCUGGGGAGAUGGAUCUUCCAGGACUCUUGGGGCUGCUGCUCCUGCUGUGUGUCCUGCCCUGGGCUGAAGGUGCGAAGGUUCUGGUGUUUCCCAUGGAGGGCAGCCACUGGCUGAGCAUGAGGGAUGUCACCAGGGAGCUCCAUGCCCGAGGCCACCAGACUGUGGUCCUGGCUCCAGAGGUGACUUUGCACAUCAAAGAAGAAAACUUCUUCACCCUGAAAACCUAUCCUUUUCCAUAUACCAUGGAAGAUUAUCAGCAAAAAAUACUGGCCAACUCUAAGAUGGCCUUUGAAAUAAAACAUUUCGUCAAGUUGUUUUUUGAAAGUAUAGAAGCUAUGAAAAACUUUUCAGAACUCUAUGCAAACUCUUGUGCAGGUCUAUUGCACAAUGAGGACCUUAUCCAGCAACUGAAUUCCAGCUCCUUUGAUGUAGUCUUAAUGGACCCCAUUUUCCCUUGUGGGGCAGUGCUGGCCAAGUACCUACAGAUUCCUGCUGUGUUUUUUCUGCGCUCCAUACCCUGUGACAUAGACUACGAGGCCACGCAAUGUCCAAACCCUUCCUCGUACAUCCCGAGGCUGCUCACAAGGCAUUCUGACCACAUGAGCUUCCUGCAAAGGGUCAAGAACAUGCUGUAUCCUUGGACCUUGAAGUACAUUUGUCAUAUCUCAUUUGCUCCCUAUGAAAGCCUUGCCUCGGAGCUCUUGAAGAAAGAAGUGUCCUUAGUUGAAGUUCUCAGCUAUGCAUCCGUGUGGCUUUUCCGAGGGGACUUUGUGUUCGACUACCCCAGGCCCAUCAUGCCCAACAUGGUCUUCAUUGGGGGCAUAAACUGUGCCAACAGGAAGCCACUCUCUCAGGAGUUCGAAGCCUACAUCAAUGCCUCUGGAGAGCAUGGCAUUGUGGUUUUCUCCUUGGGAUCCAUGGUCUCUGAAAUUCCACAGAAGAAAGCCAUGGAAAUCGCUGAGGCUUUAGGCAGGAUUCCCCAGACGGUCCUAUGGCGCUACACUGGAACUAGACCAUCGAAUCUUGCAAAGAACACAAUACUUGUCAAAUGGCUACCCCAAAAUGAUCUGCUUGCUCAUCCAAAGGCUCGUGCAUUCAUCACCCACUCUGGUUCCCAUGGAGUUUAUGAAGGAAUAUGCAAUGGCGUGCCAAUGGUGAUGAUGCCCUUGUUUGGUGAUCAGAUGGACAACGCCAAGCGCAUGGAAACUCGAGGAGCUGGGGUGAUGCUGAAUGUCCUUGAAAUGACUGCUGAUGAUUUGGAAAAUGCCCUAAAAACCGUCAUCAAUGACAAGAGCUACAAGGAGAACAUCAUGCGCCUCUCCAGCCUUCACAAGGACCGCCCUAUAGAGCCCCUGGACCUGGCUGUGUUCUGGGUGGAGUUUGUGAUGAGGCACAAGGGGGCGCCACACCUUCGUCCAGCUGCCCAUGACCUCACCUGGUACCAGUACCACUCCUUGGAUGUGAUUGGCUUCCUCCUGGCCAUUGUGUUGACAGUGGUCUUCAUUGUCUUUAAAUGUUGUGCCUUUGGCUUUCGGAAAUGCUUUGGGGGAAAGGGGCGAGUUAAGAAAUCACACAAAUCCAAGACCCACUGAGAAGCAGGUGGGAAGUGAAGGGGAAGUGUCGGUCUCUUAUCCAAUCUGUUUGAAACUUGAAAACAGAAUCAGUGUUAAAUUCAUUUUGUUUUUAUUGGGGAAAUAAUUUGCCAUACAUUAUACACCCAGAACAAUUUAAAAAAAAAAUAAAAAUUAUCUAAUUGCUGGCCACACCAAUCAGGGAAGGUACUAGAAUAUGUGACCUGGUCCUCCAGUAUCUUCAGUCUCAGGACAACACUUGCCGCGUGUUGCCAACAGAAAGUUUAGCACUCUGCCUGCAAUGACAGCCACACAGUUUCCCCUCUCGCUUCAGCUGAUGGCUUCCUCACCUGGAGUCUCAGGCUUCCUCACUGUGCUCAUGCGUUGUGGAUGGCACAGCCUGUGUAGCUAGGGGGAAAAGAUAAGGCUGUGACACUGAUUGUCAUGAGUCUGAGAUGAUGACCAUUGCUUGUGAGAAGCGGGUCUGGAUUUGAUGAAAACCAGAAUAUAGUCUUCAGCAAGUACACUUCUGUAUUGUUUCCCAAGCCAAGCACUUAUUAAUAAAUUAAUAUAAAUUAAA